UAAUGAAUCAAUAAAAUUUAGACAAAGAUGAGAUUGCUUUACUUUAAAAGCCUUGGGUUAAGAAUCACACAACAUUAACAAAUGAUGAUAUCUUAGAGCUUUACAGAUUAUUUAAUUUGUAUUGUAAUCCCAGAACAAGAAGAAUAGAUUUGAAAGAUGUAAUGAUAACAGCAUAACAUUUGGGAUUGGUGUAAAAGAGUCCAAUAGUAGCCAAUACUUUAUAAUAAGUAUCUGAUUAACAUGGAGAUGGUGGUGUUGAUUUUGAAGAAUUUGUUAGAGAGUUGACUAAUAAAUUGGUAAUUUUUGAUUGUAUAAAAUCUUUUAGGGCAAUUUAUUUGAUUAGAAAGGAAGAGAAUAACUAUUCACAUUAGUGGAUAUUGAUGGUAAAGGUACCUUAGAUAAAGAUGAUUUGAGAAAGAUUUCAGAUGAAUUGCAUCUUAAUUUUUCAUAAAAGGAUAUUGAUGAAAUAAUUCAUAAUGUUGCUGGAUAUGAUGCUGUAGAUAUUACUGCUGAAUAGUUUGAGAAAUAUCUAGGUAAAUUGACAAAUAGAAGAAAAAUUGAGACUGAAGUUCUCAGAACCAAAUGAA